AUGGAAGCAUCAUCGGAAACAUCACAUGCGUUCGAUGACGAAGCUUGGACUGCCUACAAAACUGCUGUGGACGAGAUGAUGACAAGCACGAGGGUGCUCAAAAACGACAAACCGGAAAAUCUAGAGGAAGCAAAGGCGGCUCUAUUAUCCAAGAAUCUACUUCCACUGAAUACGACGACGACGACAACUACAUCUCAGUUGUCAGGAACAACAACAACAACAACAAUAGCACAACAAACCAGGGAUCAGUGGACGACUCAAGCAGCUGACUACAAAGAACAUUACAACUUGACGAAACAACAAUUUAACUUUUGCAUGAGAGUUCUUGUUUACCUGGGUGACUAUUGCGCCAAACGACGAAUAACGGCUCCCAUUCAGGUGGCAUGGGAAAAGCUAAAAGAAAGUGGGAUAAUUCCCGCAGAGAAUGCCUUUAGCACCUACAUGUACAUCCUUGGAACCGACAACGCUUGUCGUGAUUCGUUACUGGAAGUGGCCAAAAUGCACGACGCUUUGUUUGCACCCAAUGAAAAGACCGUUACCCUCAGAAUUAAAACUUUGAUUGCCAAGAACGAAAUUGCACAAGCAGAGGAAAUUUUGUCAUCACUCAAGAAUAUAAGUGAUGAUGGUGACGUCCAAAAGCUGCGGACGUUUUUGCCAAUACUGGAUCACUACUGUGCAAAUGGCGAUUGCAAAUCUAUACUUCGUAUUUAUCGGGAUAUGAGGGAGUCUAGCCGUGUACACUUUGACGUGGAUACGUAUACCCUGAUAUUGUGCACAUUGGCGGAAGAGGGUUGCUUCUCUGCGAAUGCAUCGCCGAUUGAAGAUGCAGCCAAAGCAGGCUUCAAUGCAACGUGUGGGCCCAUGUUGUUUGAUCAACUUGUGGCUGAAUUGGCGGAAGAUCUGUUGGAACUCACCGAGGAUUCGUGCCGAAGCCUAUCGACAUCGCUCUCGAAAAGUAUUUGCCCAAAAGAUUUGGUUGAUGAAGACCAGCUUCCAUUAUUGCAAAAUGCCACCCAGCCAAAUUCGUCACCUCUCGUUGUCGGAAGAACAAAAAUUGACUUGGAGACAGCGCUUUGUCCAGCGACUGGUGCGAAACUGCGGUUGAUCAAUCUCGAUGAAGAGCAAAGACAACAUGUGCAUGAUACUCUCAUCGAGAUGGCUGAAUUACAGUUUCUAGAAUUCACAAAAAAUCGGAAGCAUCCUGUAGAUGAAAACGGCAACAAGGGAUUGGAAGAGUUGACGAAAUUUUCUGAAUGGCUGGACAAUCGGGAGGGAGAACCAUUCACAGUGGUAGUUGACGGCCCAAACAUUGGAUUUUUUGGAUACGGAUCGUUCCACUAUAGUCAAGUCAAAGCAAUCGUUGAUGAGUUGGAGCGGAUGGGAGAGAAGCCGCUGGUCACAAUGCCCAACAAGUACAUUGGGCCCAGUUUUUUCCUCAGAAAGGGACAACAUCAACGGUUGGCGGACAAAGACCUGUUGUACAUAGAAAAGUUGAAAGAAGAGCAAAAGCUAUAUGUGGUUCCUCAGCUAUGUCUGGAUGACUACUAUUGGAUGCUGGCCAGUGUUUCGAAUCAAACGUGUUCUCGACAGGGCCAGGACCUCCGAGUUCCAGUAUCCAGCAACGAAGGGAGGUUUCCAGGCGUUCGACCGAUCCUAGUCACUAAUGAUCAAAUGAGGGACCACAAGCUUGAUCUUUUGGAGCCUCGCGAAUUCAGAAGAUGGUGCAGUUGCCAUAUUGUGAACUAUAAUCUUCUCAAGACCAAUGCUGACGAGUGGGAAGACAGGCAAGUAAAGUUGUUCCCUGCUGAUUUCUUCAGUCGUGAAAUUCAAUGCAACCCAUGGGGAGAGAAUGCAGACAGACAUGCAUGGCACUUUCCCGUGACAGAAUGGGAUGGGUCUGAUCGUUUUUUGGUAUCGAUAGCAAGAUGA